ACGACCUCGCGCGACAGUACCGCACGAACCGCCGCGGCGAACAGCGGCUUUAAAUACAAACCUGGCAAUCACGCGCGAAGGUGUGCAUUGUUUACAUUCCUUACCUCGGAAGUGAAUCUUUUCUCUCUCAUGUGACUCGAUCUCUGAUGAUCGACCGCGCCCUUUUAAAUUUUAAGAAUCUUUGAUCUCGAUUUGCAGCAUUCCGGAUACUGUUUGUCCCUAGGUCAUCGAGCAUUUCUAGAUCCUCGAAAGACAGCUUCCACUACAUAAUGUACUCGUUGUCGCUGUUACUCGCGUCGCUCCUGGUCUUUUCGAGCAUUCAUGUGUCCAUCACGCGCGAAAUCGAUUUCUGCUUCGCGGAUGAGGAUGAUCCAUACUUGUACAUGGCUACGAAAACUGCGUAUCACUUCAUUCAUGGUGGCAAGACCCGAUUUCAAACAAUACCGAAUUGCCGACCAGUGCAAAUCUGGAUGCUCGCAGCACAUGGUACUCGCUGCCCGACCGUUGAUGAGAUCGACAAAAUAGUCGCUUUAACCGAUCUCAAAGAGCAAAUACUCAACAAUCAUGAAACUCGUGGAGAGGGUCAUAUGUGCAAUCGAGAUCUGGAGAAUCUGCGAAGAUGGCAGCCGGGUGAAUAUUUGGUGCCGCAACGGGCGGAAGUCCUAACGCCACAAGGUGUAGAGGACAUGAAGCUGCUGGCGAGGAGGCUACAAAGCAAUUUUCCGGAACUGUUAUUACCCAAUGCCAACAAUAUCACGGCUGCUAACUACAAGUUCCGUGCUAGCGAAGCGCGUGAGAGUAUGGCAUCUUUUAUGGAGAGCCUAUUUGGAAGCAGAAUGGCCGUACUUCCCGAGGAUAGUUCCUUCAACGACACUUUACUUACGGCAUAUAAAACAUGCGGAAUUUGGGAAGACAAGAAACACGAGCAAUCGCUCAAAAAUAUGGAACGUAUCAAAUUUGAUGCCGGAUCAGAAUUUCAGAAUCUUUUGAAAAAUGUCAGCCGCCGACUUGGUUUUCUAUACAGUAUUUCUAUCGAAACAAUCGAUGCAAUGUACGACGCUUGUCGAUACGAGAAAGCCUGGACCGUGACCAAACUUUCACCUUGGUGCGCCGUCUUUAGCAAAGAAGAGCUCCGCGUUCUGGAGUAUAGAGAGGAUCUCGAUUAUUACUACAAAGCGGGCUACGGACGAGACAUCAAUGCUCAUCUAGGAUGUCCUCUCCUGCAUGACAUGAUGCAACAUUUUGGGAAUAUAGCUAACGAUCAAAUGUCGGGUGAACCCAAGGGUAUCUUUUACUUCAGUGAUGUAAUCAGCCUGCAAAAUCUUCUAACCGCUAUGGACAUAAACGAAGACUCGACACAAUUGACUAGUUACAACUACAAGGACAUGGCCAGACGACAGUGGCGUACGUCUCUGAUAUCGUCCUAUGCGGCGAAUCUUAUCGCCGUAUUUUACAAAUGUAACGACAACAACGAUCGCAAUAAAAUAAUGUUUUACCUGGCGGAAAAACCAGUGCGAUACGAAGGCUGCCAGGUAGGCCUUUGCGACUGGGAAUUUUUGAAGAGGAGAUUAGGCAAACUGGCGUCCAGAUGUAAUCUCGACGUCUGCUGGAAUAUGAAUGGAGCAUCCUCCAGCUUCCCGAAUUCCAUAGUCAUUCUAUUAAUAUGUGUUAUUCUAGUCCGCCUUGGAUAUAACCGACAACUGUGAAUAAGUUAUUGUUAUAUAAUAAUUUCAUCUAUUAGAUUUGAAAUUGUAAAAUAUUAAAUAAGAAAAUAAUUAUAUAAUCUUUUCUUAGAGAAACCGCGCAGAAGAUAAAGAUAAUAAAUUAUAUAUAAUUGUUUAGCUCUAUUAAAUUUAUAUCAAUAAAUUUUUGCAGCUUUAUAGAUAUUAAAUAUAUUAUAUAAUAUAUAUGACAGCAAAAUAAUAUUUUAUAAUUCAUAUAAUUUAUACAUUGUAAUUGUAGUUUAUGAAAUGUAUGUUUUUAUAUAUAUUUUAUUCAUAUACCAGAGAGAAAGAGAGAUAAUUGUUAUAUUAAUAUAUUUAUUACACAAUAUUAAUUAUACAAAAUAACUAUAUAUAAGAAAAAUUUUAAUAUAUAAAAUAUAUUUAUUAUAUCAAAUUUAUUUA